UUCACGUUGUACUAACCUUCCAGCAAACGCAACAAUGCCCGCUCGUCUCCAGGAAUACCAGGUCGUUGGCCGUCUGUUGCCCACAGAUGCCAACCCUACCCCCAAGCUCUACCGCAUGCGCGUCUUCGCUCCCAACGAGGUCGUCGCCAAGAGCAGAUUCUGGUACUUCUUGUCUCAGCUGAGAAAGGUCAAGAAGGCAAACGGCGAGAUCGUUACCCUCAACCAGAUUCAUGAGAAGCGCCCCCAGAAGGUCAAGAACUUCGGUAUCUGGAUCCGCUACGACUCUCGCUCUGGUACCCACAACAUGUACAAGGAGUACCGCGAGAUGUCCCGCUGCGAGGCUGUCCAGGCUCUCUACCAGGACAUGGCCGCCCGCCACCGCGCCCGCUUCCGCUCGAUCCACAUCAUCAAGGUCGUCGAGGUCGAGAAGUCCGAGGACAUCCGCCGCCCCUACAUCAAGCAGCUCCUUACCAAGAACCUCAAGUUCCCCCUUCCCCACCGUAUCCCCAAGACCGCUGGCAAGAAGAUCUUCUCUGCCCACCGCCCCGCCACCUUCUUCUAAGCGUGUCGUCCCGUAUUUGCUGCGUACUGCUGGUUGGGAUGGCGUGAAAACGAACGGAGGGCUUUUUGACCGUGGAAAGAAUAAUCCUCUUUUUGCUCGUAAAGAGCAAACGGCCAAAGAAUCAAAAAAUCUUUUUUUCGCAAGUCUUUUAUGACAAUCAUGACCUAACUUCUACAGACCGCUUUCUCUUUUCCCCCCUUCAUCCCUUGCCCUUUUCCCACUCACUACCUCGUGACACGUACUCUCAUGUACACCCAGCGAUGCAGCUCGUAGGAGUUGCCCUAGCUACUUGCUUUUCAACGCAAGAAGCCUGGAACGGAGCGUUGGCAGAUUGAAUGUCCGAUAGAGUUAGAGGAGAGGUGCCUUACGUCGCUUUUAAUCUUUCUCACGUCGGCAGGAGGACGAAGAGAUUUGGCCUAGACUUCAGUGGGUCCCGUCUAAGAGAACCCCCUAACACCUCGUAAACACUUAAUAGUCGUUGUUGUAUCAAACCCCA